AUUCACCUCGGAAACCGUAUUUACAGUAAUUCGACGAUUUUUACAUAAAAUAAGCAACAAAUAGAACUGAAACUAUAAGUGGCUUUAAUUAACACACCUGAUUUGUGCAUCGUGCAUCUUUCUUAUUUUAUUACGAGUUCUCAAGAAUUUUAAUAAGCCUGUCUACCACAAACUAACCACUAAGAAUAAACCGAGAUUAUUUGUUGUGAAUGUUCGUUCAUUCCCGAUCUGAUCAUUCUAAAUGGCUCACUUGCAUCUCGUAUUUAUCAACGUUUUACUUUAUUAUUCAGUUGUGUCGACCGACUUGUGCAGGAAUGGAUUCUCCUGCAUCACCCUCAAGGAGUGUCGUCCGAAGUCGAGCAGCUCCAACAUAAUUUACCCCUGUCACAGUGGCUUAAAUCUAAUAUGUUGUCCGUCCAAUGACGCUUUCAACGUGACCACCAACCUGGAGAACAGGAAGGCAUCCCUAUUCCCAGUUGACUGCGGCACCAUCUUCAACGAGAACAAGAUAACCGGAGGCAAAAACGCCGAUUUAGGACAAUUCCCGUGGAUGGCUUUGCUGGGCUACAAACAGCAAGACCUGAAUAUCACUGAAUUUCUUUGUGGAGGCACCGUGGUUACGCAAAGGUACGUGCUGACGGCGGCCCAUUGCAUCACGGUGGACAAACGGAGGGCACUGGCUAUUGUUAGAUUGGGUGAGCACGACUUGAAGUCGGAAGUGGAUUGCGUACGGUACGGCAAGGCGACGGUGUGUGCGGACAAACACGUGGACGUACCGGUUGAAACCAUAGUAACGCAUCCCCGGUACAACCCGAAGACCUUAAAGAACGACGUGGCUCUGGUUAGGGUGCUAACCAACAUCCCGACCACAGACUACAUACGACCCAUAUGUCUUCCGUUCGAAAGAAACUUGGAGAGGGCCGAGUUGGCGGGUCAAAAGUUCACCAUCAGUGGUUGGGGGAAGACAAAUUCGAAAAACCUUGGAGGAUCAACGUAUCUUCAGUACGCCAACGUCCAGGUGUGGGAACAAGACAAGUGCAACAACAUACUUCCGGUUCAGGUACGCCCCAUAGCUGACACGCAGCUGUGCGCCAUAGGUAAAAGGGAGGACGCCUGUAAGGGGGACAGUGGAGGACCCCUGGCCAACUCGACUGUUGAUCUCAACGGCGACCUUAGGGUGUUUCAAGUAGGAAUCGUUUCUUUUGCACCCACAAUGACCUGUGGCAUUGAGGAGUUGCCCCCCGUUUACACACGAGUCGAUAGAUAUUUACAAUGGAUAACUGACAAUAUUAUUGAAUGAUUAUAUAACCUACUUUAUAUAUUUUUUAACGUGAUUUUAUAUAAUAAAAUAUUGCAAUAA